AUGGCAGAAAAUCGAACACUGAGAGAGCUAACAGCUCCUAACUUGAACCAACAGCCGUUGUGCAUCGCAUAUCAGCAGUUGGAGGAAGGUGCUAAUGUUGAGAUCAAAUCUGGUCUAAUUCAUCUAUUGCCGGCAUUCCAUGGCAUGAAGGUGAGCAGACUUGAAGCUAAGGAUUCGGGAAAACUUCCAUCUCAAACGGAGUUGAAUCCUAAGCAACAAGCCAACGCCAUUACAUUGAGAAAUGGCAAGGAGGUGAAAGAGACUGAAAUUGCAACUAAGAGGGCUGAAGAGUUGAUUGGAGCUGAGGAGAAGGAAGUGGAACAUGAAGCUGUAGCAAAUCCUCCCACUUUUCCAUCUUAUGAACCCACACCACCUUUUCCUGAAGCUUUGAAAGAAACGAAGAGGUAUGAGAAGGACAAAGAUAUCUAUGAAACAUUCAGCAAGUGUGAGGUAAACAUUCCCCUUUUGAAUUUAAUAAAGAGUGUUCCUCGAUUCGCUAAAUUUUUGAAAGAACUUUGUACUAUUAAGAGGAAGCACAGGUUAGGAGGGAAGGAAAAAGUGAAAGUCAGUGCUCAUGUUUCUGCAGUUUUCCAAAAGAAACUUCCUGAAAAAUGCAGUGACCCUGGUAUGUUUACUGUGCCAGUUACAAUAGGGGACACCACUUUUCGUAGAGCAAUGUUGGAUUUGGGUGCAUCAAUUAAUGUUAUUCCAUAUUCACUGUUCAAAACUUUGGAACUUGGACCCUUACAUGACACCGGGGUAGUGAUUCAAUUAGCUGAUAGAUCAAAUGUUUAUCCUAAGGGAGUAGUGGAAGAUGUGCUUGUGAAAGUUGAUGAACUAAUUUUUCCUGCUGAUUUUUAUGUGCUUGAUAUGGAACAUGAUAGACAAGCAGUACCCAUCUUGUUAGGAAGACCUUUCUUGAAAACUGCUAGGACUAAAAUUGAUGUUUUUACUGGUUCUUUGACUAUGGAGUUUGAUGGACAAGAAAUUGUGUAUAACAUCUAUGAUUCCAUGAAAUACCCUGUUGACACUCAUUCUUUGUGUUCCAUUGAUAUCAUUGAUCCUAUAGUGCAGGAUGUCUUCAAUGUUGAGGGCGAGGAUGCGCUCCUCACUUCCAUUUCUAAUGAUUUAUCUGCUGAUUGUUUGGAUAUUCCUUUGCCUAAUAGUGUGCAGAUGAUGGUAGCAGAGUUGAAUGGUCAUUCCAAGCUUCCACUUAGACCACCAGGUUCGACACCUACCCCAUUGACAGUGCCUACUGAUAAACUCUUACCUUCUGUUUUGCAGGCACCCCAGGUGGAGCUAAAACCACUUCCUGAUCAUUUGAAAUAUGUGUUCCUUGGUCAGAACGAUACUUUACCUGUUAUAAUUUCAAGCAAAUUGACCAAGGAGCAAGAGGACAAGUUGGUGACAGUGCUGAAAGAGCACAAGUUAGCUAUUGGAUGGACCAUUGCAGACAUUAAGGGAAUAAGUCCAUCCACUUGCAUGCAUCGUAUUCUGUUAGAAGAUGAUGCCAAACCUGUGAGGCAACCUCAGCGUCGCCUAAAUCCUCCCAUGAUGGACGUGGUAAAGAAGGAGAUCAUCAAAUUAUUGCAAAUAGGAAUGAUAUUUCCUAUAUCUGAUAGUAAAUGGGUCAGUCCUACGCAGGUGGUUCCUAAGAAAAGUGGUGUGACUGUGGUAGAAAAUCAACAGGGUGAAAUGGUUCCUACUAGAGUUCAAAAUGGUUGGCGAGUUUGCAUUGAUUAUCGUAGGUUGAAUGCAGUAACUAGGAAAGACCAUUUCCCUUUACCUUUUAUUGACCAAAUGAUUGAAAGACUUGCAGGGAAAUCCUAUUACUGUUUCCUUGAUGGGUAUUCUGGGUACUUUCAAGUGCCCAUUGCACCUGAAGAUCAGGAAAAGACAACUUUUACAUGUCCUUUUGGCACAUUUGCUUAUCGCCGUAUGCCUUUUGGCCUAUGUAAUGCACCUGCAACCUUUCAGAGAUGCAUGAUGAGCAUCUUUUCUGAGUUUGUUGAGCAUUUCAUGGAGGUAUUUAUGGAUGAUUUCACUGUGUAUGGUGAUUCUUUUGAUAAAUGCUUGCAUCACUUAUAUAUGGUCCUCAAAAGAUGUAUUGAGGUUGAUAAGGCUAAGAUUGACACUAUUCAGUCUCUUCCUUAUCCUACUAAUGUGCGUGAAGUGCGUUCUUUUCUUGGCCAUGCAGGUUUCUAUCGUAGGUUCAUUGAGGGAUUCUCAAAGCUUGCAAAUGCUAUGUGCAAAUUGCUGCAGAAAGAUGUGAAAUUCCACUUUGAUGAUGAUUGCAAGAAGGCUUUCGACGAAUUGAAGGCUAAGCUCAUUUCUGCCCCUAUCAUUCAAGCCCCAGAUUGGUCUCGACCAUUUGAGAUAAUGUGUGAUGCGAGUGAUUAUGCAGUUGGAGCUGUUUUAGGCCAGAAAGUAGGGAGGGCAUCUCAUGUGAUCUAUUAUGCCUCAAUGACCCUCAAUUCAGCCCAACGAAACUACACUACCACAGAAAAAGAGUUGUUAGCUGUAGUAUUUGCUCUAGAAAAGUUUCGAUCUUAUUUGCUUGGUACUAAAGUAAUUGUUUUCACUGAUCAUGCAGCUCUUCGCCACUUGAUGACGAAGAAAGAGGCCAAACCAAGACUAAUAAGAUGGAUUCUGCUCUUAUGUGAGUUUGAGUUAGAAAUCAAGGACAAGAUAGGCGCGGAAAAUCUAGUUGCUGAUCAUUUGAGUCGUUUGACCCAUAUUGUUGAUCAACCAUCUUUCCAAUAUCAAAUCCUAGGAGAAUUUCCGGAUGAAUCUCUAUUUGCUCUUAAGGAUUUGCGCCCUUGGUUUGCUAACAUUGUGAAUUUUCUGGUUUCUCAACAGUUUCCUCCAGGUUUCACAAAGUCUCAAAAGGACAAGCUUCGAACUGAUGCGAAGUACUAUGCAUGGGAUGAUCCAUACUUGUGGAAGUUCUGCUCCGAUCAAAUCAUUCGCAGAUGCAUUCCCGAAAAUGAGGUGAUCCCCAUUCUCACCUUCUGUCAUUCUCAUGCUUGUGGAGGACACUUUGGAGCCAAACGCACAGCAAGGAAGGUUCUCGACUGUGGUUUUUACUGGCCAAGUUUGUUUCGAGAUUCCUAUGGAUUUUGUAAAUCCUGUGAUAAUUGCCAGAGAGUAGGUAACAUUUCCCAGAAAAGUGAAAUGCCCCAAUCCUCUCUUCUAUAUUGUGAAAUAUUCGAUGUUUGGGGUAUAGAUUUCAUGGGACCAUUCCCUAUUUCUUACGGUUUUACUUAUAUACUUCUUGCUUGUGAUUAUGUGUCGAAGUGGGUGGAAGCAAUACCCACUAGGACUGAUGACUCUAAAGUGGUUUCAGGUUUUAUCAAAGCUUACAUAUUUUCUAGGUUUGGAAUCCCAAGGGCGUUGAUAAGUGACCGUGGAACACACUUUUGCAACCGUACAGUGAGUGCUUUGUUGAGGAAGUACUCUGUUCACCACAAAAUCUCCACGGCUUAUCACCCACAAACCAAUGGGCAAGCCGAGGUGUCCAAUAGAGAGGUGAAGUCAAUUCUGCAGAAAACGGUGAAUCCGGAUAGGAAGGAUUGGAGUUUGAGGUUGGAGGAUGCUCUAUGGGCGUACCGCACCGCAUACAAAACACCUAUCGGGAUGUCCCCUUACCGCCUUGUCUUCGGAAAACCGUGCCAUCUUCCGGUUGAGCUUGAGCAUAAAGCAUAUUGGGCGGUUAAGUCAUUCAACAUGCAAAUGGAUGAAGCAGGUGAACAUCGGAAAUUGCAACUCCAAGAACUAGAGGAGAUCCGGCUUGAGUCCUAUGAGAAUGCAGAUAUUUAUAAAGCAAAGACCAAGCUAUGGCAUGAUCGAAUGAUCACGCGGAAGGAGUUUAAAGUCGGUGACAAAGUACUCCUAUAUCAAUCCCGACUUAGAUUAUUUCCGGGAAAACUUCGGUCCCGUUGGGAGGGCCCUUUUCAAGUGGUGAAUGUAUAUCCGCAUGGAGCAGUUGAAAUUCAAAGCCUCGAGACCGAUAAGAUUUUCAAAGUCAAUGGCCAAAGGCUCAAACCCUACUUCGAGGGUUUGUGGAGGCCUUGGGAGCAAUUUUUAUGCGCGAAACGCAGCAAAAACAGAGCAAAACAGAGACAAGGGGGGCCUUCCCUGCAGAAGCCGCUGGCAGCUGCUCUGCAGCCGCUACCAGCGGGUCUUCUUGCAGCCCAAACCCCUUUGUUUCUGUCCCAGCCGCUGGUGAAGGUGAAGGUGCAAGUGAACAUAUUCCUUUUUAUAGCCAUGGGUAGAGACAACAAGAGGUCUAAAGAAUCAUCUCCAUCAAGACCUUCAAGGGGCAAGAAGCAAGGGGCUUCUUCAAGUCAAGGGGAGGCACCUCCAUUGCCUCAAGGGGAUGGUUUCAUGGGUGUUAGGUUGCAUUCCAAGGAGAAGGGCGUAUGGACUAAGCUUCAACAACCCCGACGAACGGUGCAAUGCACCAAGUUCUUUGACUUAGAAGCUCUACAAGAGCUAGAGAUGGAGGAAGGAGUGCGGCUCUUGCUAAGGAACGUGGGUCUCGAGAAUUUCAUGACCAAAUGCGCUCCCACCUAUGUCAGGUAUACAUAUGAAUUCCUUUCAACGCUUACUAAAGGACGUGAACAAAUAUCCUUUAAUUUGAACAAUAGGAAUUAUGUGAUGUCUUAUGAUGAUUUGCGUAUGGCAUUUGGUUGGGAUGCACCCCCAUUGGUGAACCGUUGGGGUGAUCAUAGCUCAUACUCGUCCCGAGUAUUUUGGAGGGCUAUAACUGGUUGUGAGGUUGAUCCUCACGGUGAUCAUAGCUUCAAAAUCACCCACCCAUGCCUUAGACUGGUGCAUAGGUUUAUAUCUUCCACUAUUCUAUGCCAAGGGGAGGCCACUAAGGUCCCCAAAGUCACAUUGUCGUAUUUGUGGGCGAUGACCCCUGAGGGUGUCGGUACGCCCAAUUGGGUGGAGAUUUUUGUUGAUAGUUGUGUAAAGGUGAAGUCCAACUCCAGUGGCCAUAUUAGUAUGGGUGGCAUGGUCUCUUUGCUAGCCUGUUAUUUGAAUGUUCCACCCCCUGAGGAUCUUGUGCCAGUAGACUCGACAUACUUGACAUAUAACAUCAUGACUCUGGUCAAGAUCGGUUUAUUAUCGCGUUCCCCCGUCGCCGGUAGUUAUUUCUGGCGAUACGGACCGCAGGGUUUGAACUAUUUGAGACUUCCUCGUCCCGAGGGACGAGCAUUACCUUUUGGCCCUACUGCUGCAGACUUUUUCCUUCCGCCCGACCCGGAUGUUGCUCCUUAUUUGGGAGAUGCUGAAAUCAUAGUUGAGAACAUGGGAGAGGAGAAUCCCGAUGUUCAUAUGGGCGGAGAGUUUGUUGAUGAGGAAGGGGGUGAGGAUGCUACUGGAGUGCAGCACGAUGAUUGGCCUCGAUGGAGGGCUGAUGUGGAUGAUAGACUAGAGGAGGUGUGCGAUGGGAUGCACGAGCUGCUUGCAUAUCAAAGAAGCAUGAGUCGGUUUUACACCACUCAGUAUCCGCAGUAUGAGCCUCCAACUGAGGCGUUCAUGGAUCAUUUGGCAUCCCGUGCUUUGCGUCGUUCCGAGAGGCGUGCUUCUCGGGGCGAUGCCGGCUCUUCUGGCUCUGGAGGUCCCUCUCAUUGA